AUGGAAGAAGAAAUUCACAACUUGGUACGCCAAAAGAUCUGCGAAGUGCUAACACUUUGCGGAUUAAAAAAUGGCAACAAUGAGCAGCUCAAGGAAGAAAUUGUUAAUAUUUCCAGAAUUGGAAUAAAGGGAGACUUAGAAUCAAAUGAUUUUGUAUUGGUACGCGUCCACAGGUCCAAUCGCGUCAAAUCUUCUGUUCAAAAACGAAAAUUCGAUAAUCUGAAGGGUUUAACAAUUCCUUGCAAGAGGAAACGGAAGUCGUCCAAGUCUGCCACAUCUGCCAAAAAGGAUACGACUAUCAAAUCACCGGCUGCUAUCAUUGAGUUCAGCGCCGAUGUGGACACGACGGUCGGCACACACUCUGCAGUCGAUGAGCACGGCACAGAUGCGGCUGUAGAGCACGCAGCGGUCGACACAGUAGCUGCUGUCGAUGGGCGAGGCAUUGAUGUGGCUGUAGAGGACACAACGUUUGAUACCCCCUCUGAACAUGUUAAAUCGGUCUCAAAUGGGGUUAUGACGGACUCUUUGCAAUCGUCGAGGCAAACGGACAACCCAAGCCCCGAAUCAUCCUCUACGACAGCAAAUACCCAUAUAGGAGCGCAGCCAAGCCUACUACUCUCGUGCAAACUACCUACUACGGCGGAUCUUUUAUACCCCGAGCAUGCAAUUUAUGUUGUAACCUCGGUGCUUCUGGAGUUGGUAAAUCGACAUGAUAGGAUUGGGCAGUUCGGCAACCGCACCGAAAGGGAAAUGGUGACGAGCACGACAAGUAGUACCAAGAUACGUGCGUUUACAAAACAGCUUGCUAGUUUGGAAUAUGAAGCUGCAGUUCAUGCUAUCUCGAAGAGAAACGCGAGGCAUGCAGCUAACGGCAUACAAAUUGAUAGUGAUGAAAACGCAUAUUGGGAAAUAAUCUUGAAAGGUGUCAAAAUCCUUGAUCCCGCGACCUUGCCUAAGGAAUCAUAUAAGGGACCCCUUGGUUGUUUUAGCGCUGCUGAGAAGGUCGCGACAGAAAACUUUAUGAAACGCGCUGGCUUUGGAACGAGCCCGGAAAACCAGCGGCAGUGUCGCUGCUUCUGGAAAGCCUUGUUCGAUAUUCGGAAAGCAAGUGUCGAGAUGAUCACUUGUUACCGAACUGCUGAGUUUACCCAAUACUGCAAAACAUACCCGAGAAGGUCAGACAUUUCUCUUGUUGACACUAUUGUGUCCUGGGAAAAGGUUUACGGACCUCAAAUCGACCAGCUUGAGAGCCGAGUGUUUGAAUAUCGCAAAGGAGAUUUUUCGGGCAGAUCCCGUCUAAUGCAAAAGCAUGUCGCCGGAAGACUUCAAGUUGCGGAUUCAUUAUGGAAUGAUGCUUCCAAUGAGUGGUGCUCUAAUGACGAAAAGGCUGCUUUCAAGCUUGCGACGACAGUCAAAGCAACUUCGUCAAAGAGUCUAGCAAGCCUUUUCAAUGAUCGUGCUAACACCCACCAGCAUUGGAAUAAAGCUAUCUUUAUAUCUUUUUGGCCACACGGCGACAAGCGCCUCGCUGUCAGUCCUAUAAUUCCAGUACUUCCAGGGGAUUUCUUAGGCAUCUACUCUGGAAUCGUCCGAUUUUCAGACAUCGCGAGUAACUCGCAUGCUAUCCCUGGGCCUGAACCAAAACUUUGGUUAGACUACUCGCAGAAUACUGGGACCCUUAACCAGAUGCAAGUUUCGAAGCAUAAUGCUGACGCAAAUGUACAUCUACGCUGGGAGGCUGUCAAUGAGCAGGAUGAAACAGGCUCUUGUGAAUCGUGGCGGGUCUUAGUUAUAGCUAGCAAGGCUAUCAUUAUCCUCCCCUUCGCGGUUGAGUACUCAUCUUCGCCUUAUCCUUCAUCUUCUAUAUCACCCCCAAUAUUCUCAUCUCCAUCUCAGGAUCCAGGCCAUCUGCCCUAA